AUGAAUCACGAGUUCAAGAUUUUAUUGAUUUUAGCUCUAUUAGCUGAUUUUAAAGUUUCAAAGUGUACAGCAGGAUUAAGUCCAUAUAAAGUCAAUCCAAAUGUAACAGCAGUUGCACAAGUUCUUCAUGACAUUGCCAUUGAAUUUCUAUUGGAAGCAAAGACUCACUAUCGUCUCACAAAUUUUAAUAAAUUCAAUAAAUUCUACAAUAAUAAACUGUAUUUUUCUCAAUUCAUCUUCUUAAACUCAUUAAUUGACUUUGGAGAGACUGAAAGGCGUUUUCUAGGUUUAAGAUUCAUGGGUCAGUCAAUCAAAUAUUUUAUUUUUAUUCCUGAUUUAAGUUUUGAAGAGUUGAAGACGUCCUGGAUUUUUGGAAAGUAUCAACAAAUUUCAUUUACUUCUGAAGGAAUUUUUCAUAGUUCCUACUUUGUAACAACUGAAAUGGACACUGUGACUUUAUCAUCAAUUGAAUCAUUUGAACCUGCUACUUGUGGCUAUCCUAACCUCAAAAUACUCAACACAUUUAACAAAAGAACUUCAAAAUGGACCUCAAAGUUGGAAAAUCAUGAGAAAUUCCUUCAAUACAAUGGAUGCGAGCUAGUCUUUGCCUUACCAACAUUCAUGCCAGACGGCACCUUGUAUCAUGUUUAUGGAUAUUCAGUAAUUAACAAAAAUAAUACAAAUUUUAGUGUUCAUGGAAUUACACCGAAAAUUUUCGAAAUAGCGUCUAUGGCUUAUAAUUUUACAGUAAUGUAUCAGCCUGUCUUUAUGGAUCCUUUAUGGAUAUUUCCAGAAACAAGGAAGCAACUCUUCAUUUAUAAAUUUAAUCAAUCGUUUAAAUUUCCUUCAGUUUAUUUUGAGAUUCAAGACAUUCAAAUGAUAAGCUUUACUAUGGCAAUAUCUAAUGCAGUUGUAAAUACAAAGACAUUCAUGUUUGUGACACCAGCUGAUAAGUAUACAGCAUAUGAGAAAUUUGUCCUUCCGUUUGAUUCUUUGACUUGGAUUUUACUUGGAACGACCUUCAUGCUAACAUUUAUGUCAAUAAUGAUGAUUAAUUUGACAUCGAAAGCAACAAGAAACCUCGUUUAUGGACAUAAAGUCACCAAUCCAAUCUGGAAUGUCAUUAGCAUCUUCUUUGGAAUUUCUCAGACUAAGUUGCCGACCAAGAACUUCUCGAGAUUCAUUCUCGUUCUGUUCAUUUUCUUCUGUUUGAUCUUUCGAACUUGUUUUCAAAGUAAAUUCUUUGAAUUCAUGACAAGUGAGCCGAGAUUGUCACCACCAAGGACUAUUAGUGAUCUGAUUGACAGGAACUACAGUGUUUAUCAAUCAUUUCAUCAGCCUGAAAUUUGUAGCAAUGAAGGUAGACUAGAACCAUGGCCUAACGUAACUAACAUGUAUAUCCAAACAUUAGCUGAUGCCAUUCAAUCACAAUCUCAAAACUCGACAGCUAAGAUGGCUUUAUGUGUCGAUGAAUUUUUACUGAAUCAUUUGGAACGUCAUAAUCAAAAGAAUUACGAUUGGAACAAGUUAGAUUCCGCUAUUUAUUUAAAGACGGAAGCUUUUAUGUUUCGGAACUAUUCAUUUUACUACAAGAUGUUCAUAAAAGUCAUCAAUGAUUUAAUCUCGACUGGAAUAAUGGAAUAUUUGGUUACAAAGUUUUACACUAAAAAGUUAACAUUUAAGACAAUCGAUGAUACACGGAAAGUUCUGGGCGUCAAUGACCUUCUUUUUGGCUUCAAAAUUUGGCUUGUUUUUUGUAUAGUUUCUGGAUGUGCUUUUGGAGUUGAACAAGUGACAAGAUUUAGGAAAAUACCACAAAAAAUUAAAUUUGCUAAAAUUAAUGUGAUGGAAAAUUGUGAAGAACCAGGAUUAGAUGGAUGUUGUGAACUUAGUUUGGCUCUUUUGUCACAAUUUCGAGUCCAAACUAGAGAAAGUCUUGCAGAAGUGAUUUCAGAUCCAAGUGGGACAAAAGAUGACGAAAUUAAAGUUAAAAUUUGA